AAAUUAAUGAUUUUAAAACACAAAACUUUUUAGUUCAAAAAUAUUUGGUUAUCAAAAUUUUGUUCAAAUAUGUCAAAAUUGAAGUAAAAAAAAAUGUCUUCUGAAAAUUUAGUACAUGCAGUUGCUGGGGCAGCAUUAGUCGCUGGAUGUAGCUCAUUUAUUCUUGGGCAGCGUGCUCAAAAUGCCGAAAUUUGUAAGAACUUGGAAAAUCUGAUUCAAACGGAUGCUUAUGCUUUUUAUUUAAAGGAGAAGCUUUACGAGGUGUUCAAGACUUGCCCUUCAAAUGAUUCAUCAGAGCCACGAGUGAUAAAAAUCCUGAAAUAUGGUUUCCCAGGAUUGGAUAACAUUCGAGUUUUUUCGGAUCAUAUCCUAUCGUACGACCGUCGAAAUAGAGUAGCACACUGGGUCCUGGAACAUAUCACAGACCCAUGUAUUAGCAACCAAUUUGGUGUCAAUAGAAAAAUUGCUGUUUUUCGUUCCGACAUAGCAAUUCCGACAAUGUUCCGAUCGACGAAUCAAGACUAUUACCGUUCGGGCUUUGAUCGAGGUCAUUUGGCAGCAGCGGCUAACCACAAAUUAAAUCAACAGCAUAUGAACGAUACGUUCGUGUUGUCCAACAUUGCACCCCAAGUUGGUGUUGGCUUCAACAGAGAUUCCUGGAACGAUCUGGAAAUGUACACCAGAAAUCUUCUCAACUCCUAUCCUGAGAUUUAUAUCUGCACUGGGUCCAUGAACGAGCCUAAAGUUAAGAAUUCAAAUUUAUGUGUAGAAUAUGAUUGUAUUGGAAGCAGCGUUGUGGCUGUUCCAACGCAUUUCUUUAAAAUCAUCCUCUGUUUAACGAAGGAUGGGAAAUUCGUCCUUGAAUCGUAUGCCAUGCCCAAUGAGUACAUAAGCAACGACAUUGAUCUAAAAACAUUCCGACGGCCACCAGAAGCCAUAGAAAAAAUAACUGGCCUUCAAUUUUUCGAUAAAAUCAAAAGAAAUCAAUAUGUGUCGAUAAAUGGAAGUCAAGUUCGUAACGACGACGAUGACGACGGAAAUCAAGAAGAAGCUCCUGAUCCAUAAAAACGUCUCAAAAUUUCCGCACUUUUAACUUAUGGUUCGACUUAUUUACAAUUUAAAAAAAGAACGAAGAUAUAGCCGUCCAUUUACUUGGUGUCAUUUGCGAUAUGUCAACGCAGAGUACUGCCGCUGUCGGUUCUGUUGUUGCUAUUGCUGCUCCUGCAGGCGAAUGUGGAUGUGGAUCUGGAAAUGUGGGUUUAUUUAUAACAUCUCACUAUAUAUCACCACUUGUGAGAAUUCAGACAUUCACGCAGUGGUUAUAAAUCAUAAUGAAGGCGGUGUAGCAUUUUCCCAGGACCUUCUUUCUCUCCUCUCUGAUCUUUCUCUAUAUAUUAGCCCACUUAUCAUCAUCCUCGAGUGUGUACUUGCGUGGAGUUCGUUAAAGUGCCCAUAUAAAUCUCGCCUUAAUGUAAACUUUGCGGGGGAGACAAAACCGGAAACAGGAAACAGGAGACAAGACUCGACACACGGAUAUGUAUGUAAAGUACAUAAAUGUCUGAUGGAAGAAUUUUGUUUAUAUAUAUUUUAUUUUUGGUUAAGAAGUAAAAACUCCUUCGAAAUCAUGCAAAAGAAAAUUGAAUAUAUUUUUGUUCAUGUCCAAAUUUGAUGUGUCUGCACGAAAUAUACACUCACACUGA